AUGAAUGAUUUGAGUCCUUCCUCCAUAACAAGCCAAACGCCCGUCCGAGAGUGCCUCCCUGCGCGAGCGCUGGGUGUGUGCGCGCCGGCCAGAGCAGGGGCCCGCCCGGCUCCCCGCCCGCCACUCCGUCCGCCAGCCCGCCACGGCCCGAACUCAUGCGGCGCGGAGCGAGCGGCGAGGAGCCCAGCGCCGCGGCCGAACCCCUCCGCAGCAGGCUGCCUGCUGUUUCCCGGGGAGAUCAUGAAACGAGGUCGCCUUCCCAGCAGCAGUGAGGAUUCUGACGACAAUGGCAGCCUGUCGACUACCUGGUCCCAGAAUUCCCGAUCCCAGCAUGGGAGAAGUUCCUGCUCCAGACCUGAAGAUCGAAAGCCUUCAGAGGUGUUUAGGACAGACCUGAUCACUGCCAUGAAGCUCCAUGACUCCUACCAGCUGAACCCGGACGAGUACUACGUGCUGGCGGACCCCUGGAGACAGGAGUGGGAGAAGGGGGUCCAGGUGCCAGUGAGCCCUGGGACCAUCCCCCAGCCUGUGGCCAGGGUCGUAUCUGAAGAGAAAUCCCUCAUGUUCAUCAGGCCCAAGAAAUACAUUGUCUCGUCAGGCUCCGAGCCUCCGGAGCUGGGCUACGUUGACAUCCGCACACUGGCGGACAGUGUGUGUCGUUACGAUCUCAACGACAUGGAUGCUGCGUGGCUGGAACUGACCAACGAGGAGUUUAAGGAGAUGGGAAUGCCCGAGUUAGAUGAGUACACCAUGGAGAGGGUCCUGGAGGAAUUUGAACAGCGGUGCUAUGACAACAUGAACCACGCGAUUGAGACUGAGGAAGGCCUGGGGAUCGAGUAUGACGAAGAUGUCGUCUGUGACGUCUGCCAGUCACCCGAUGGUGAGGACGGCAACGAGAUGGUGUUCUGCGACAAGUGCAACAUCUGUGUGCAUCAGGCCUGCUAUGGAAUCCUCAAGGUCCCAGAGGGCAGCUGGCUGUGCCGGACGUGCGCCCUGGGUGUUCAGCCUAAGUGUUUGCUGUGUCCCAAGAAAGGAGGAGCGAUGAAGCCCACCCGCAGUGGGACCAAGUGGGUGCACGUCAGCUGUGCGCUUUGGAUCCCCGAGGUGAGCAUCGGCAGCCCCGAGAAGAUGGAGCCCAUCACGAAGGUGUCCCACAUCCCCAGCAGUCGGUGGGCGCUUGUGUGCAGCCUCUGCAAUGAGAAGUUUGGGGCAUCCAUACAGUGCUCCGUGAAGAACUGCCGCACAGCCUUCCACGUGACCUGUGCGUUUGACCGGGGCCUAGAGAUGAAGACUAUCUUGGCAGAGAACGAUGAAGUCAAGUUCAAGUCCUACUGUCCGAAGCACAGCUCGCAUCGCAAAGCCGAGGAGGGCCUUGGUGAGGGGACCGCUCAGGAGAACGGGGCUCCCGAGUGCUCCCCGCGGGAUCCGCUGGAGCCCUUCGCUGGCCUCGAGCAGAAUCGGGGGGAGGCCCACCGGGUCAGUGUCCGUAAGCAGAAGCUGCAGCAGCUGGAGGACGAGUUUUACACGUUUGUCAACCUGCUGGACGUAGCCAGGGCCCUGCGGCUGCCCGAGGAGGUGGUGGACUUCCUGUACCAGUACUGGAAGUUGAAGAGGAAGGUCAACUUCAACAAGCCCCUCAUCACUCCAAAGAAAGACGAAGAGGACAAUCUAGCCAAGCGGGAGCAGGACGUCUUGUUUAGGCGGCUGCAGCUGUUCACGCACCUGCGGCAGGACCUGGAGAGGGUUCGGAACCUCACUUACAUGGUGACCCGCAGGGAAAAGAUUAAACGAUCUGUGUGCAAAGUCCAGGAACAGAUAUUCAAUCUUUACACUAAGCUUUUGGAGCAAGAAAGAGUUUCAGGUGUGCCUUCUUCCUCUUGCUCCUCCUCCUCACUGGAAAACAUGCUUCUGUUUAACAGUCCUUCUGUGGGCCCUGACGCUCCCAAGAUAGAGGACUUGAAGUGGCAUUCUGCGUUCUUCAGGAAGCAAAUGGGUACUUCCUUGGUUCACUCGCUGAAGAAGCCCCACAAGCGAGAUCCAUUGCAGAACAGCCCUGGGAGCGAAGGCAAAGCCCCGCUAAAGCAGCCAGACCUGGCGGGCAGAAGGGAGGGGACGGUGGGCCCAGAGAGCUUUCUGAGUUUUGAAAAGACCUUUGCAGAAGCACGGCUCGUAUCAGCACAACAGAAAAAUGGCGUGGUGAUGCCAGAGCACGGGAGCAGAAGAGACCAUCGUUUUCAUUGUGACCUCAGCAAGGGAGACUUAAAGGACAGGCCUUUGAAACAGAGUCACAAGCCUCUGAGGUCCACAGAUGUGUCCCAGAGGCACGCGGACCACGCCAGAGCUGCCGCCUCCCCUGGGGCGGGGCAGUCAGCGCCGGGCACGAGGAAGGAGGCGGUGCCCAAGUGCAACGGCUCCCUGAUCAAAGUGAACUAUAACCAGUCUGCAGUUAAAGUGCCUACAACACCUGCCAGCCCAGUGAAGAACUGGGGAGGAUUCCGGAUUCCAAAGAAGGGGGAACGGCAGCAGCAGGGAGAGGCCCCAGAGGGGGCCUGCCACCAGCACUCAGACUACCCCUACCUGGGCCUAGGCCGCGUUCCAGCCAAGGAGAGGGCGAAGAGCAAACUGAAAGCUGAGAACGAGAGUGACGGGUAUGUCCCUGACGCAGAGAUGAGUGACUCCGAGAGCGAGGCCUCGGAGAAGAAGUGUAUCCACGCCAGCAGCUCCAUCAGCAGGAGGACAGACAUCAUCAGGAGGAGCAUUCUGGCCUCUUGA